CCGAGGCCAAUGCGAGCCACGGCCAAACAGAAACGAGGACUCUCCUCCCUCCCACUUUUUGGACUCAUUGGUUGGGGGGGGGGAGCAGAGAGGUGCAUAAGAGAGAGAACCCAUCUCUAUCUCUCUAUUGCCAGCAAAAUAAAAGCUAUGGGCAGUGAGAAUCAUGUGAUCUAACACUCUCCUCCCCUUUUCAAAAGCGGCAUCCCCCCACCCCUUCCUCUUUACUCCUCUCUCUCUUUAUCUCAUUCCUUUUCACUUUGUCCUCCCCUUCCUCCUCCCUCCCCAUCCUUCUCUUCCUCCUUUCCUUCUUGGGUUUUAAGCAAAGAUGUCUUCCAGUGCUUCCCGGUUCAUCAAAUGCGUCACCGUUGGCGACGGCGCCGUCGGGAAGACCUGCAUGCUUAUCUGCUACACCAGCAACAAGUUCCCGACUGACUACAUUCCGACGGUGUUCGAUAACUUCAGCGCCAAUGUUGUUGUUGAUGGAACCACUGUGAAUUUAGGCCUCUGGGACACAGCGGGGCAAGAGGAUUACAAUAGAUUGAGGCCUCUGAGUUACCGAGGGGCGGACGUCUUUGUGCUGGCUUUCUCGCUGGUGAGCCGAGCGAGCUAUGAAAAUGUUCUGAAGAAGUGGAUACCUGAGCUUCAGCAUUAUGCGCCUGGAGUCCCUGUGGUGUUGGUCGGCACCAAAUUAGAUCUUCGUGAAGAUAAGCAUUAUCUGUCAGACCAUCCUGGCAUGAUACCUGUUACUACUGCUCAGGGAGAGGAACUCCGUAAGCAAAUAGGUGCUGCAAAUUAUAUAGAGUGUAGCUCAAAAACUCAACAGAAUGUUAAAGCAGUGUUUGAUUCUGCCAUCAAGGUAGUUAUUCAGCCUCCACAAAAACAGAAGGAAAAGAAGAAGAAAAAGCCACGACGUGGAUGUUCACUAUUGAAUAUACUUUGUGGGAGGAAACUUGUGUGCUUUAAAUAAAGGGCACUCCAAGUAGCACAUAGUAGAGUUCCCUCACAGAUGAUACUAUGCUGACGUCUGGCCCAAGAGUGCAUCAGGUUUGGGUUCAUGGUGCAGUUGCUCUUGGGAUCUGUAUAGUGUCUACCAGCUGUAUCAGAAAGUAAACGAAUCAGUUUGUUCAUAGUGAAACAAGAAAAUAAGUGUUCUUUUAUGGACAGAGUAUGUUUUUUCUUAGUGUCAUUUUCAUUUAAUGUCAACUUUGUUUGAUUCAGGAAGCUUCCCCAGGUCCAUUAAAUGAUAAGUCUGUUGUUUAGUAAUUGUCACAUUGCAAUAGUGUAAAAAUGUCGGGAAUUAACAAGAAGCUGCCUCUGCUUUGCCAUGU